GGAACCCCGCGCGCCCCGCCGCCGCAGAGGUUCCCCGCGCCGCCGCAGCCGCGCCACCUCCGAGGGCCGGGCCAGCCCCGGCGCCCCGCCAAGCCCGCGAUGGCUCCUCUCGGAUACCUCUUGGUGCUCUGCAGCCUGAAGCAGGCGCUGGGCAGCUACCCGAUCUGGUGGUCCUUGGCCGUGGGACCCCAGUACUCCUCCCUGAGCACUCAGCCCAUCCUCUGCGCCAGCAUCCCAGGCCUGGUACCCAAGCAGCUGCGCUUCUGCAGGAACUACGUGGAGAUCAUGCCCAGCGUGGCCGAGGGUGUCAAGGCUGGCAUCCAGGAGUGCCAGCACCAGUUCCGAGGCCGGCGUUGGAACUGCACCACUGUCAGCAACAGCCUGGCAAUCUUUGGCCCUGUUCUGGACAAAGCCACCCGAGAGUCGGCCUUCGUCCACGCCAUCGCCUCUGCUGGAGUGGCCUUUGCAGUGACACGCUCCUGUGCUGAAGGCUCAGCUGCCAUCUGUGGGUGCAGCAGCCGCCUCCAGGGCUCCCCGGGCGAGGGCUGGAAGUGGGGCGGCUGUAGCGAAGACAUUGAAUUUGGCGGGAUGGUGUCUCGGGAGUUUGCUGAUGCCAGGGAGAAUCGGCCAGAUGCCCGCUCUGCCAUGAACCGUCACAACAACGAGGCUGGGCGCCAGGCGAUCGCCAGUCACAUGCACCUCAAGUGUAAGUGCCACGGACUCUCCGGCAGCUGCGAAGUGAAGACCUGCUGGUGGUCGCAGCCGGACUUCCGCACCAUCGGGGACUUCCUCAAGGACAAAUACGACAGCGCCUCGGAGAUGGUGGUGGAGAAACACCGGGAGUCCCGUGGCUGGGUGGAGACCCUGAGGCCUCGUUACACGUACUUCAAGGUGCCAACAGAGCGCGACCUGGUCUACUACGAGGCCUCACCCAACUUCUGCGAGCCGAACCCGGAGACCGGCUCCUUCGGGACGCGUGACCGCACGUGCAACGUGAGCUCGCACGGCAUCGACGGCUGCGACCUGCUGUGCUGCGGGCGCGGCCACAACGCGCGCACCGAGCGAAGGCGGGAGAAGUGUCACUGUGUUUUCCACUGGUGCUGCUAUGUCAGCUGCCAGGAGUGCACGCGCGUCUAUGACGUGCACACCUGCAAGUAGGAGAUUUCCUACUCCUUGGAGCAGGGUUCACGCCUAGGGGCAGGGUUCCUACCUGGGAGUGGGCGUGCCUACUUGGAGGGGUCUCCUGCCUGGGGACCCCGUUCUUACUUGAGGGCGGGGCUCCCACCUGUGAGGGUCUCCUACCUAGGGACUCGGUUUCUGGCUUCGGCUGGGGUUCCUACUUGGGGUCUGGGUUCAUUUUUAGGGAGAAGCUCCUUCCUGGGAUACGGGAUUUCUACCUGAGGGUGGGGCUCCAUCUGGGGAUGGAAUUCCAAUUUGGGACGGGGGUCCUACCUCAUAUGGGUUGGGCUCUUCUCUUGACCCAACGGGGCGACGGGGCUCAGACCAGGACAGGUGAGCAAAUUCCCUCAACUAGGUGGAGUUCGUUGAUGAGCGGGAGGGGAGGGAAUGGGGUCCCUCCUCCCAGAGGCGCUGCUCUAGAUAGAUAGGAGGCUGAUUCAGAGUGGGCCCUACCAGGCUUGGGGGUGCAGAGGGGGCGGGACUUCAUUCUGAGUGAGUGGAACUUCUGGGCCUGAGGAAAAGAAGGAGACCGACCGACCGCUGGGGUGAGGCAAGGCUUCUCUGAAGACUUCUGGUUGAAGCCUAGGCUCUGGAGCAGGCAAUUCAGCUCCCAUCUGGCUUUUUCCCAGUCCCCAUGUAAGGUUCCACCUGCCAGCAUCAUAUGUGCAUAGCAGGUUCUCCUGACAGAAUAGCCAUGGAGAACUCAGGGGUGAGCCCAGGUCCUACCCGCAUUCCUGGGGACCUCUUUCUAAGCCCUGUACCCCUUCUGCCUGGCCUUCUCUACCCACCUUGAGUAGAGAGGGUUCUUAAUGGGUGGGGGCUGCUAAGAAGGGUCCUGGGGGCAUGGUGCCUUCCCACCAGAGCUUGCCUCUGCCCUGACACCCAACACUCAGCUCUCCCAGGAAACCCAGCUCCUCCGCUCAGUGAUGCUCAGGCUCCAAAGGUGCUUACAGAUGUUGGCUUCACUUUGCGUUGUUUGAACUUCAGGGACAUCAGGGCAUGGUCAAGCUGCAGGGUGUCUCCUGGAGCCCCCAUGUUCAGGACCGAUCUGAUCCCCAGGACAUGACAUUGAGACAAUGGUAACCAGAUCUCUUGGCCACCAGCCUGUCCCCAAGCUUCUCCAGUGUCUCUCUGGCCUGGAAGUGAGAUGCUGCAGUCCAUCUGCCACAAGAGCUUCCUGAUCUCUGCCACUGUGAAUUGUCCCCACCUCCAGGCAGGGGAGGGCAUGUGGCCACAUAGGAGUGUGCCCCAAGAGGACUGAAGAGAGGCUGCGCUCGCACGGCGACUGUCUUCUGCCUGGAACUUUGUGUUUGGGGUUGUAAUUUUAUUUCCAAUGCUGCUAUAUCCACCAUCCACUGGAUUUAGACGAACGUGAUUUUUUUUCUUUUUUCUUUUCUUUCUAUGAAAGAAAUUAUUUUAGUUUAUAGUAUGUUUGUUUCAAAUAAUGGGGAAAGUAAAAAUAAGAGAGAGAAAACCAAGUUUGUGGUUUGUACUAGAUUUCUUUUUUAUUAACAUGUAUUAGUUGCAAAUAUGGAUGGGGUUUGGUAUGGAAUUCUGUGCUGAUCCCCUGAGGGUGAUUCACAUUUCCCCUGUCCCUAUCACUUGUGGGUCUGCACAGAGUUGGGGAUCUGAAGAUGCCAACUCAGACUCUGGGUCUCAGAACCAAGUAGAGACUGUCAACAAGCCUCUAAGAAGGGCUGUGGGGUUAGAAUUCCAAGAAGAGAUCAUAGAAAUCGCUAAGUCAGGCAAAGAGCCAUUCAGCUGUAGCAAAAUCUGGAGCAGGGUAGAUCUGAGAGCUCGAAUAGAGGGUGCAGAUGGGGUUUUAGGUUUGAACAAGUAUGGGAGCUGGGGAGUCAUGUAGUAAUUAGGGUAUUGGUGGUUCCAGUGAACAGAUAAGGGCCACAGGAGAAGAGGCUUAAGCAAGACCCCUCACGCACUGGUGAUGCAGAAGAAACGUGUUGCAAAUCACCUCCCAGUGAAUCCAAAUUCACAUAGCAGAUCCCCCAGGAACACCGUAUUUAGGCUAUGUCAGCCCUUGGCAUUAGAGGGCAGUUGCCUGAGACCAGGAAUGUCUCAGGUUUCCACCCAAGGGAAGCUCUGGGUGGGGGUGGUUUUUGCUCAGGAGCUGCCAUCCUCCCACUUGUCUUCACAAGGGUCCAGGCCCUUAGCCAAGCCAGGUAGCAGUAAUCAUCCUGUCGGAGGUAAACCAGCUGAUUAGGAGUGGGUAUCAGGGGUACCAUGGAAGAAAGGGAGGAGGCCUCUCUGAAAGCCAUACUUCUCUCAAGGUCACAACUCUCCCUUUUCUGUU